AAAUAAGAAAAACAUGUUAAUGUAUUUAUAUAAAUCAGAAAAAAUUGUCACCAAAAUUUUAAAUUAGAUAAGAUGAAGAAUAAUAGUAGUUUAUAUAAUUUCAAAUUUGUAAUAGUAUUUUAAAAAGUUAUUUUUAUCUAGUUGUUAGUGUGUCCAUUUAAAAGGGUAUCACAACACGGUUUGAGUUCCGGAAUGAACAUAUUUUUUUUUUUAAAUAUAUAUAUAUAAACGUCGUCUUCUUAUCUUAUUAACGGUUGACUAACUUCUGUUAGAGACUAGAGUCAAUGUAGAUUUAUGCACGUUUUGAAAAGUUCAGGUAGUUUUUCUUAAAUUAUACUUAAGUUGAGGCCGGUUUUGGCACUGCUCAUUUGUUCGGGUCCUAUUUGGCACGACUGAGAGUGUUGGGGUCGAAAUUGGCACUUUUCCUCGUAUAUCAAAACGACGUCGUUUUAUCUUGUUAACGGUUAACUAACUUCUGUUAGAAUCAAUGUAGAUUUAGGCACGUUUUAAGAAGUUCGGGUAGUUUUUUUGAAUUAUAAUUGAGUUGAGGUCGUAUUUGACACUGAUCAAUUGUUCGGGUUGUAUUUGGCACGACUGAAAUUGUUGGGGUCGAAAUUGGCAUUUUUCCCUCCACCACCUAGUAGUCUAAAACGCAUGGCAUGUCCCAGACUAAUUAAGCUUCUGGUUCUAGUUCUAUGUUUUUUUCUGCAGAAAUGCACCAUAAAACCAAUUGAUUGUUUCAUUGUCUCGUCUGAUACAUAUGUGGUGAGAAUCAUACUACAUGUAAGUAGUUUUGUAUCUAUUAACUGAACCAAUGAGAAUUCUUCUUGGAUCAAUUUAGGCAAAUAAUAUGCACAGCGUGAUACUUUCACAGAAUUAAGAAAAUGUGAUAUUUAUAGAAUUGUAUAUACAGACGUUCAAUGGUAGACUUAUAUUAUUAUUUUCUGUGAAACUAAAUUUUUAGAGUAUAUAUUUCUUUCCUCUUUGAAGACAUAUUUUAAGAGAAAGAAAUUCAAAAUUUAGAGACAAAUGAUGGAAUUGAAAAUGUUGUUCCAAUGUCUUUGUUGAAUUUUUUUACUUUCCUUAUAGAGAUGAUUUUGUCCGGUCAAAAUUAAUCAAAGUUUCCAUUUAAGUAGAAACACCAUAUCCGGCUUGCGCGUGAACAAAAUUUUCACUACAUCCUACAUGGCUUGUUUGGAUUGGAUACAAGGAAAACAUCUACCAAUGGUUACAAGUUACAACGUACAAUGUGGAACAUAAAACUUUAACCCACGCGCCACUGUCGUAAAACCCUCUUUUGCUUCAUAACUAAAACAACCUCAAACACAUCUAUUCCCUCUCUCCCUCUCUUUCUCGAACAAUGACAAUCUCACCGUUACUAUUCAUUGGUUUGAUUUGCCUCGCAGGCGGUGGCUCUCUUCUACCGGCGGCGGAAGCGAUAUGGUUAACGGUUCCAAGUUCAGGCGAGAGAUGUGUCUACGAAGAGAUCCAUGCCAAUGUGGUCGUCGUCGUCGAUUACCUUUGCAUCGAUCAAAAUAACAUCGGACUUGGUCCCACAGUUGAUGUCCGGGUAAAUUCAGCUUACGGGAAAGAACUGUACAAGAAAACAAACGAGACGCACGGUCAGUUUGCGUUUACAACGAGCGAGUCCGGAACAUACUUAGCUUGUUUUUUGAUACACCACGAUCAGACACAUUACACAGCCAGCAAUAGCACUGCUAUCGUCAAUAUUGACUGGAAGAUGGGUAUCCAAACCAAAGAUUGGGAUGCUGUUGCUAAGAAAGAAAAGAUCGAGGGUGUGGAACUUGAGCUUCGAAAAUCUUCUGAACGUAUUACUGAAAUUAGGGCAAACAUUCUCUAUCUAAAAUUCAGGGAAUCAGCUAUGAGGGAGGUAAACGAGAAGACUAACAAGAGGGUUGCGCAGCUCAGCUUUAUUUCUUUAGGGCUCUGCCUUAUCGUUUCACUUUUUCAAGUUUGGCAUCUCAAACGCUUCUUCCUCAAGAAGAAGCUUAUCUAACUUCGUUGUGCUAUGUUAUUUUGAAAAAUCUUGUAACCUUGUGCCUUUUCUAGAGGUUCUAUAGUCAGGCUCCAGACCAAAUCAAUAAUGAAACAGAUGUUUAAUUUUUAUCAGGAUAUUAUUUGUUAUCAUCUCACAGAACCUUCAUACAAAGAAGCAUUCAUCGUAUAUAUAUAUAUAUGCGUACAUUUUUUAAAAAGCAUAUAGCACAUCAUAGUCACAUGUAUAUGUCAAUCUAGUUCGUCUAUCAAAAAGUAGACUUCUAUGAGUUGUAGUUAGUAUUGAUGUCAAAGAUCUUGAUUUUUAGCUUUGACUGGUGCACUCGGAGUGACUUUAAUAAGAUUUUGGUAACAAAUGUUUAAAGGCAUCGAGUUUACCAAAAAAAAAAUUGUUUAAAGGCAUCGACAAUGAAACACAAUCCUGGUCGAGAACAAUCCCGAUUGGCGUUAAUCAUGUUUCUCAAGACUUCAUUGUCAAAAGCUAGUUAUAACGUAAAAUUAACAAUAACAUAAAGCUCGUUUACUUACUGCUAUGAUUGUCAUUGUCUUUAGUUUUUGCUAGUGAACACUGAAAUUUAGUUUUUCCCUGGUCAGGUUUCCAUCUUGUGGUUACCUGAUCCUAAAGUAGCUAACUCAUCCUAACCCAAAGUAGACGUACGUGACUUGUUUUUAUUAUACCUUUUUAAGUUUUGCCUUGUGUUGUAAAACCAGUGUCUUUAAGGUUUGGUCUUUAAUUUUAAGAGAACACUCAAGUAAAAUCCUUGCUUUACUUUGUUUGGGCACUGCCUGCGACUGAAUAUGGAUUUAGAUCCAAAUAUUUCGAUUUCAGAAGUUUUUUUUUUUUUUUUUGAAACACAAGAACUUUCAUUAAAAUCAUCAGAAAAGUUAGGUGAUACAAUUAAAUGCAAUCUCAUCUGCAAGACAUUGUUUUGCCAAAACAUAGGCUUCACUAUUUUUCACUCUGGAUAUCCAGCGAAAAGAGAUAGUUUCGAAAAGGCCUGCAAGCGAAAUGAUGUCGGCUGUGAUGCCGUAGAUUUCGGUUGCUGUUGAUCCUGAGUUCACCGCCUGGAUUAGUUGCGUUGAAUCCGACUCGCAGCAGACGUUUGCGUAUCCUAAUCGUUGACAGCUCCAGACUGCUUCACGGAGUGCGAGUCCCUCCGCAAUCCAACGGGGAGACGACAAAAGGUGUUGCUGUUGAGAAGGAUCGAGUUCGAUCGUCAUCUGUUAUUGUCCAGCCGAGUCCAGCUGUUAGACAAUCCUGUCUCCAUGCUGCGUCUGAUCGUACAAUCACACAAUGUUCAGGUAAGGUCGCUGUCGCUGAGGUUACCCGUGGUUUCUUCUGCUCCUUGAACUGACUGGCUUCCCAUUCUCGUGUAGCUGAAACAGCUUUGGUAACUAUGUCCUCAGGGGAAAGCCAUUUGUCGUUGAAAAUGGUGUUGUUUCUAGCAAGCCAGAUCUGCCAUAAUAGCCAAGGCGCUAAGCAGCUCUUUGAGACUCCAGUUGGGGGUAAGUUGACCUUUGCACACAGGCUAGUCCAACUGCCCAGCCUGUGUGUUGUGUUAGCAAGUCCCGGCCAAUGAGCACUCCCCUCCAGCAAUGGGAUAUUGCAUCAGUUUCGCUCACAGUCAUCAACCCUUCGAUUUCAGAAGUUAUAACAUACAAAGAAGCUGGUAGAGCAUAUAUUCAAUAAGGUUAUCAAGUAGAAGGCUGCACGCUUUUCCGCAGCAACAUUCUAUAACAACUCUUCCUGUUCUGUUUCUAGUUUCCAUCUGAAUUCAUUUUUAUACACUUAA